AUGGAUGACAGGUAUGGGAAUAAGGUGAACCAAGCGUCGGACGACUACCGAUACCAAGGGACCAAUUACGAGGGCUACCCUCCCCAAGGUGGCCAUUACCAUGGUGGGGAAGAGCCCGGUCAAGAGGAAGACGCCCAGAGCGAUGCCACGGAAGGGCACGACGAAGAUGACGAGGUCUACGAAGGCGAGUACCAGGGCAUCCCUCACCCGGACGACGUCAAGGCCAAGCAGAAGAAGAAAGCCGCCGGUAUGGCCGACGAGUUCCGAGACCACGCCGACCUUGUGGCCGAGAGGAUGGAGGACGAAGAACAGCUCGCUCACCAGUACGAGACCAUCAUCGAAGAAUGCAGCCACGGACGCUUCCAGUGGAUACUCUUCAUAGUCCUGGGCUUGGCGCUGAUGGCGGACGGCGUGGAGGUGUUUGUGGUCGGCUUCGUCCUGCCCAGCGCUGAGAAGGACAUGUGCUUGUCAUCCUCCAACAAGGGGAUGCUCGGACUGAUUGUCUACUUGGGCAUGAUGCUGGGUGCCGUUUUGUGGGGCGGCCUGGCUGACAAACUGGGCCGGAAGCACUGUCUCAUCAUCUCCCUCUCCAUCAAUGCUGCCUUUGCGUUCCUCUCCUCCUUUGUGCAGGGCUAUGGAUUCUUCCUCUUCUGCCGCCUUAUCUCUGGUUUCGGAAUCGGGGGCACGCUCCCUAUCGUCUUUGCCUAUUUUUCUGAAUUCUUGUCCCGUGAGAAGAGAGGGGAACACCUGAGCUGGCUGUGCAUGUUCUGGAUGAUCGGCGGUCUUUACGCCUCUGUCAUGGCCUGGAGCAUCAUUCCACAUUACGGUUGGGGCUUCAGCAUGGGAACCAACUACCACUUCCACAGCUGGAGAGUCUUUGUGAUUGUCUGCUCCCUGCCUUGCAUAGCCUCUCUCGUGGCACUGAAGUUUAUGCCCGAAAGUCCACGUUUUUUGCUGGAGAUAGGCAAGCACGAUGAAGCCUGGAUGAUUCUCAAGCAAAUCCACGACACCAACAUGAGGGCCAAAGGAGAGCCAGAGAGGGUGUUCACGGUAGCCAACAUAAAAACUCCCAAGCAGAUAGAUGAGUUUAUCGAAAUCCAGAGCUCCACUGGGACGUGGUACCAGCGGUCGUUGGUCAGAUUCACGACCACCUUCAAACAGGUUUUGGACAACCUCCUGUAUUGUCUGACAGCCCAGUAUCGAAUGAACACUCUGUUUCUGGCCAUCGUGUGGUUUACCAUGGCUUUAAGUUACUAUGGCCUUAUCGUCUGGUUCCCGGACAUGAUACGGUAUUACCAGGAAGAGGCGUAUAAAUCCCGCGAGAAAAACUUCCAUAACGAGGAAGUGAAGCACUUCACCUUCAACUUCACCCUGGAGAACCAGGUGCACAAGAACGGGACGUACUUCAAUGACAAGUUCAUUAAAAUGAAAUUCAAGGAUGUGACCUUUGAGGACUCCCUGUUUGAGGAGUGCUACUUCGAAGAUGUGACCUCCAGCGAGACCUUCUUCAAAGAGUGCACCUUCAUCUCCACCAUCUUUUAUAACACGGAUCUCUAUGAGCAUAAAUUCAUCGACUGCAAAUUUGUCAACACCACCUUCCUGACUCAGAAGGAGGGCUGCCACCUGGAUUUCGAGCAAGACAACGACUUCCUUAUCUACCUGGUCAGCUUCCUGGGCAGCCUCUCGGUGCUGCCGGGGAACAUCAUCUCGGCACUGCUGAUGGACAAAGUAGGCCGGAUCAAGAUGAUUGGGGGUUCCAUGCUGAUUUCAGCAGUGUGCUGCUUCUUCCUGUUCUUUGGCAACAGUGAGUCCGCCAUGAUCGGCUGGCAGUGUCUUUUCUGCAGCACCAGCAUCGCUGCCUGGAACGCCUUGGACGUGAUCACGGUGGAGCUCUACCCCACGCAUAAACGAGCCACUGCCUUUGGUAUCCUGAACGGUCUGUGCAAGGUUGGAGCCAUCCUGGGGAAUUCGAUCUUCGCCUCCUUUGUGGGUAUCACCAAGGUGGUCCCCAUCCUCCUGGCCUCCUCCGCUCUGGUGGCGGGAGGCCUCCUCGCCCUGCGGUUGCCAGAAACCCGCGACCAGGUCCUGAUGUGA